AUCUAGUGAAAAUGAUAUUUUAAAAUAUUUUUCAAAAAUCAGUAAAAAAAUAUUUCAGGUACUGUUUUUUGGUUUGUCCAAGAAUAUGUGCAUUAAAUAGUUUUGAAACCCGCCUUUGAUUCCUAAAUAGAAAUCAUAUUUUAACCGAAGCAAUUAAAUGUUCACUUAUAUUGAUAAGGUUUUCUGAGUGAAUUUUAAAGUACAAAACGACUAAUAAAAUCCGGACCGGAUGAAACUCAGGCCGUACGUGCCGUAAUUUAGAACCGUAUCCCCCUUUGUGACGAGUAGAGGCGUGGCGGCGAAGGAGAGGACCGUACCGACGUUUCUGUCAAACUUUGUGGCUAUUGCGAAGAUAGAACACUAACAAAGACACGUCGGUCAGAAUGGCGGAUGGUGGAUCAGACUACGAACAGUCGUCGGUAGAUGGCGCCAUGCGUCAGUCCCUGGACUCCCACUUAUUGGAAUGUCCUAUCUGUCUGGAGCAGCUGCGACAACCGAAGUCACUGCCUUGUCUACAUUCGUUUUGUCUGGAAUGCCUGGGUAGCUACAUCACUAAGGAGUUGUCAGGUAAGAUGGCGUCAGCGUCUUCUUUCUCCUGUCCUGUGUGCCGGAAGGUCACUGAACCGAUGAACCAAUCAGAAUUCAAAGAGAGUUGGGCCGAGCAAUUCCCCACCAACAAUCUGGCAGUCGAAAUACUCCAGCAAUUACAAAAGACGGAUAAGUCGAUCACGUGCAAACCAUGCGAGACUAAAGGAAAUAAGAAUGUCCCGGCGAAGUUUUGGUGUAAACAUAACAACGCUUAUUUUUGUACAGACUGCAAAAUUAACGUUCAUGAUUUGCUUCAUGGAGAAUGUGAACCGCAAGACAUCUCUGAAGUAAACAUGUCGGCUUUACUACAACAGAAGGCCUCACUCACUGGAUGUGGGAAACACAAGGAGAAGAUGGAAUAUUACUGUGAAGAUCAUCAAAUUCUGGGAUGCAACAAAUGCAUUAUUGUCGAUCACCGGAAGUGUGAAGUGGUGACGUCAGCAGAGGAUUACCGGGACAAGUUGAGGAAAAGCUCUAACAUCGACGAUCUGCUGGAGGAACUUCGUAAAAGUGCAGUCGCCAUGGAAAUACUGAUAAAAGAUGUUGGAGAGCAACUUAAAACUAUGACACUAGAUCAGGACACUGCGCUGCAAAGUUUGACCGACAUACGCAAACAGAUUGACGAGCGGUUCGAUGUACUACAGAAAGAUCUCACAGACAAACUGAUAUCAGCCUUCAAAGAAGAAAAAGAAAACCUGGAGAUAUUGAGACAGCAAUGCGAACGGCUGAUGUUCUCUAUGCAGAACACGUUGAUGUCCUCCAAGGAUGCAGCUUUGAAAGAAGACAUUGUGGGGACGAUUAAUCUCUUCCAGAGAGGACAGGCGGAGGUCAAGUCCUGUAAGGAACUCGUAAAGGAGUUGGAGCGGUCGUCUAGAUCUACCAGUAUCAAACAUAAAUAUGAUCCGGACAUACUCUCAGUCGGCAACAACACCAGCCUCACGAUGGGGAAAAUAGUCGUUGAUCAACAACCGAGGAGACUGCCAUCAACUGUGUAUAGUAACAUAGUACCUUUGUCUGAACGUCAUUUGAAGAUGACGGGGAAGUUCUCUAUCAAAGUUCCAUCAGACAAGUCUGAAUAUUCCGCGUAUGGAGUUGUCUUACUGUCUGGUGGUCGUAUUGUUGUUGCAGACAAAGAAAAUAGAAAGAUGAAACUAUUUACAGAAAAAGGUGAUUUUAAAUUUGAGCUGGAACUUACGGAUGCAUCAUGUGAUCUUUGUCGAAUUGAUGACAACACUGUGGCAGCGAUACUGAUAGAUGUCAAAACAAUAUGUAUUGUCAAUGUCGGGGACUCAACCUUGACCGUUUCAUCGAAAAUCAAGAUUCCAAAGCUUGAUGAAAGCUGUCUUGGUGUCACAUACCACAACAACUAUUUCAUUGUCGGUACAACAGAAUCACUUUAUAGUGUACCAGCAAGCGGAGGUGAACCUAAAAAUCUUCUCACAUUUAAAUCACAAUGUUUGCACCUCGCAAGCAAUCAGAAGAAUGGACACGUCUUUGCUAGUAUCCAUACCUCUACCCCAGACGAGGUGGUCGUGAUCCGACUGUCUGACGAAGCACACACACAUGUACUGAAGGUCGGGCUGGUUAAAAGUACAACAGGAAUAGACGUGGACAGGGAGGGCAAUUUGUAUGUUUGUGGAAGUAGUUCAAACAACGUCAUACAGAUGUCUGGGGAUGGAAGAAACAUCAGGGAACUGCUGACGUCAUCAGAUGGAAUCAAACGACCGAGGGCCAUUUCUGUGUGGGAGGAUAGGAUAGUAAUUACAAACGGAUCGAAAUACCAAAAUAAUUUUGUACACAUGUUCCAGCUCGUCUGGAUGAUAGGACAUCCCGAUAAAGUAUAGACCGGUGAUAUAUAGGAUAAAGUAUAGACCGGUGAUAUAUAGGAUAAAGUAUAGACCGGUGAUAUAUAGGAUAAAGUAUAGACCGUUGAUGUAUAGGAUAAAGAAACUGGUCGUGUUUGGACGGAUUAUGUUAAUCAUUUCAGGACCAAAUCCCAUACAAGAAAACUUGACCCACAUGGCAAGUCAUAUACUAUAGAUGUUUAGGUUGUAGGGUUUAUGUUUACGUUAUCCUACGACCCUUCCACUAACUUAAAUGUAUCAUGUCUUGCCAAGUGUUAUGUAUAGUCAACGUGAUUUUGUGAAACAAGCUCGCGUCAAAUAUUGUAAGAAGAACUCGGCGCUAUGUACCAGACAUCUCCACCUGCACGUUUGAUAAAAGAUACAUAUAAAUACCAUAAUAGAGGAUCUGUGUAACUAGAACCAUGUCACUGAGAAAAGGGAAACAUUUCCAUCAGUGGUUGUAGUGAUGAUUGACAGUGUGUAUUGUUACGUAACUAUAGGCUGGAGUGACACGUGACAGUGUGUAUUGUGACGUAACUAUAGGCUGGAGUGACCAGUGACAAGUUGAACACUAUAAGUUUACACAGUGGUGGGGUCGACUGGCAAUUGCACAGCAUCAUUAAUGAUCAACUUUGACCUUAAAUAUGCAUAACACUAAUUAAGUCGG